AAUCCCGUUUUUUUUUUGUUUUGCUGUUAUAGUAAAGGCCAGUAUCCAUCCCUGGAUGCUACCAUAUAACGCCUUAUUUUGUAAGCACUGAGCAUGUCCCAAUUGUCGUCUCGAUUGCCAGGGGCAACGGCCAUUCGUGAUUGUUUAUUUCUUCCUCAACUCCACUGUGUCAAAUCCAGCGAAUCCAGGGACGUUCUAGAAAUUGUUCAGAGAUGGCUGCAAAAGCCACUACGAUUAAAGAAGCCCUCAAACGAUGGGAGGAACGGAACAAAAGCAACUCCCUAGAGGACAAGGAAAUCGACCUAUGCUUUCAGUGGCCCCCGAUUGAGAAGAUGGAUGCAACUUUGUCGACGCUGACCGUUUGCGAAAAACUAUCCAUGUCAACGAAUAUGAUCGACAAAAUCUUCGGCUUAAGUGGAAUGAAAAAUCUCAGAGUGCUUUCACUGGGCCGCAACUACAUUAAAGCUAUUUCCGGCUUGGAGGGUGUCAGCGAUACUCUGGAGGAGCUGUGGAUUAGCUAUAACUUAAUCGAAAAGCUAAAAGGAAUAAACGUACUCAAGAAACUAAAGGUGCUGUACAUGAGUAAUAACCUGGUGAAGGAUUGGGUUGAAUUCAAUCGAUUGGCCGAUUUGCCGAUGUUGGAGGAUUUGCUGUUCGCCGGCAAUCCGCUUGUGGAAUCGAUGGAAGAAAGUGUCUGGAGGGCAGAGGCAAGUAAGCGGUUGCUAUCCUUGAAGAAACUGGACGGCGAAACGGUGAUUCGUGAAGAAGGCGAUAAGCAGGAACCACAAGCGAUAGCUGCUCAGCAGGAGAAGGCACAAUAAUUUUGUUGCAUUUGCUUCAGGGAUGUUUCGAAGAUAAAGAGGCUUCACUUAUAUAAAGAAGAACAAUUCAUUCGGUUUAUUGAUGUCCUAUUGCUUAUUGCUGAGUUAUGAAGAUCGGUUAAGCACAAUUUGAAAAUUUUCGGUCACCAAAUAGUCAUCACCAAAUAUUACCACCAAAUUGAUUUCAAACUCUAGAAAAUAAACGA